AUGGGCAUCAGUGAAACCAGAUGGUCUGACGAUCAACGGGACUUGAAAUCUACAUUCGAUUGUCUGUAUUAUUAUGUAAGGGACUAUGUAGAAGGGGACGAUGUUGGUAAUAGUAUUAAUUAUCAUUUAACUCCUUAUUGCCGACGACUUGAUCAAAAUGAAGAACAGGAAAAGCGAUCUAUAAGAUCAUAUGAACAUGUAGAAUAUAACACCAGUUUUACUGACUUAUAUCGACAUGGUGUGACAGGUGUACAAUUACUUGAUUGGUCAGCACCGAUAGAUGUUGCAGAACGAUACGAAAAGAAUGGCGAGAAUUCAAGUGAAGUAUUUUACAAUUGUUCAUCGUCCUGGUUUGGUCCUACAUGUCAAUACAGCAUUGAGUUUGACAUACUACCUCCAUUUAGUAAUGUCGUUCAAUACGUGAUUACCCACCGUUUUUAUGCACCAUGGUGGAAGAAUUUCACUAAUGGUACAUGCUAUCCGUUUUUAACUGACUGCUAUCGUGGUCCAUCACACAUGUGUCUCGAUUGGCGUGAAAUUUGUGACGGUAAUUCUGAUUGUAUUAAUGGAGAAGAUGAGCAAUUGUGUCAACUGUUGGAAGUGAAUGAAUGUUCCAACAAUGAAUUUCGAUGUCAUUUCGGCGGACAGUGCAUUCCAUCAACAUUUGUUAACGAUGGAAACACUAUGAUAGACUGUCUUGACACUACUGACGAAGUGAAAGAUUAUAACAAAAAUACCUAUUUCAAUUCUGAAUGCAUCCGAACUCCGACAUUUCGAUGUGAGGAAAGUACAAGUCGACGUCUUUUCACUUUUCCAUGCGAUGACGGUGAAUUUAAAGCACAAUCGAUACCUUGUUUUCAAGGUUUUUGUACUAAUCGCCGUGAUGAACGAAUGACAUUGACUAUGUUUACUUCGCUGGAUUAUAUUUCGAACUUAGAUUGUCGACAAGCUUUAUACUGUUUAUUUCGUAUCGAUACGAUUUUUUCUCAGAUGCAAGUACCGACAGAAAACAUGUGCGAUUCCGCUGUCAAACAUUGUCUGUCAGACUGGCUUGUUUUUCCUGAAUAUCCCAUUAUAUACGGUUUCUUUCAAUUUGUCUACUUAACUAAUCGAUCAGUUGCUGAUUUCAAGAAAAAUCUUAUGCCUGAUUUUAUUUGUUUCAAUGUAAGUCGGUGUCCUGCAUUGGCAUCUUGCUCAGUUGAUAUUGGAACUGAACUCAAUUGUUGUAGAACUAUUAGUCUAAUAAAUGAGACAAUAGACGGGUGGGUCUAUUUAUAUGAAAAGUUUAUAGAUCUCGUUCGUCGCUGUUCAACGAGUGGUACAGAUCAAAAUUGUUCACAUCCGUCCUUAUUUCAUUGUCCACUUUCAUUGAAAUGCAUCUCAAAACAUCGACUAGUUGAUGGUUGGAACGAUUGUUAUUUCGGAGAAGAUGAAUUAUUUUCUGCUUGUCAAUUAAAUGAUUCAUGGAGAUUUAUUUGUGAAUCUGAACCAAAUAAAUGUUUGUCAAUGAUUGCACUUGGAAAUGGAGAUAAAAAUUGUCGAAAUGGAGAAGAUGAAUUGACUAAGAAUCAACGAAAUAUUUUAAAAGGCAACAUACCGUUUGGAUUUUUUUGUGAUGGUACAAAUGAUUUGUUAUGGAUGAAUAUGUUGAAUGAAAC